GUCCUCCGUCAACCUCUCCGCAUCCAUUCCACCCAACCCACAACAGGCUUCCUCCGCAGCGGCUACUGCGAAGUCCCCUACUCCGACGUCGGGAACCACUCCAUCGCAGCGAUCGUCACCGACUCCUUUCUCGACUUCUCCGCUGUCCGCGGCAACGACCUCCGCCGCGCCGGGCUGACGCAGGGCUGUAAAUGGUGUCUCUGCGCCGCGCGGUGGAAGGAGGCGUUGUGGGCGUAUCGGGAGGGGAGGGGGAGAGGGGAGGAUGUGCCGGAGGAUAUGGUGCCGAAGGUGGAUUUGGAUGCCACGAAUGUGAGGGCUCUGGAUGUGGUAGAUGUGGAGGAUCUGAGGAGC